AAUCUAUUUCAAAGAUGCUAAAUUAGGUUCAUCUAGAAUUUAAAUUAAAUAAUAAUUGAUUUUUAUAGUGAAUCGGUUACCUAUGCUUUUGACCUCUACUGUAACUAAUUCCUCAAACGAAGACCCUUCACGUCCCAUCCAGAAGUAGUGUUAACUUAGUGUUACGCCUCCUUUAUGUUAGCAAUGAAACUCGUAAGUCAUGGCCCUUUACAAUUAAGGCUUUAAUAAUUUAUUAACAAAUUCAAAGCACACAGUAGGAAAGAAAAACAUAACAUCAAGUAAAUAAAAGUGAAAUGAGAAAUGAAAGGCAAUUGCAAUGGAAUUGGAAAUGGAUUGGGGUUUCUAAGGUCAGUUGGGCAAUUUUUCAGGCUUCUAUUUUUGGGCAGGUUACAGCCAAAAGGCCGCAUAAUGCUAAGUGGGCUAUUAACCCCACAACCAUGACGUCAUAUAUGGCACGAACAUCCAUAUGCGUGGUGGAGAGAACCGCCGCCAUCAGCGGAAUUAGUUAAUUUCCAUUCAAAUGAGCUCAUAGCUGGCCACAUCCAACACCCACAGCCAUGUAUCCCGGGGGGAACAACUCCACCAUGGACGCAUGUACAUAUAUAUACAGGGUACUCUGCGUGGCUCCUUAUCAAUCAUUGCUGAAUUUAUCGACAUGUACGGAAUUUUUAAUGCUUAUCCAGAAAUCAAAGUUGACAGGGAAAAAGCUGGACUGUGAAUGCCCCCAUCCACCAUCGUCCAUUUUCCGUUCGCCGUGCUCUGUCCUCCAUCGCACUGUUUCUGUUGUGGCCAACCGCUGAUAUGGCGACGGUCCCUCGGCAGCGUCGCUCCGUUUUUCAAGCUGGCUGGCUAGUUGGGUCAGUUGUUCCGCGCCAGCCGUCGGGCGACAACAAUGACCACUCGACGACGACGCCAACGUGACAGCAUUUAUCGAUUUUCGUCCAUCCCAGUGGAGGAGCGCUAGGAGCAGCAGUCAAGCAAAAGUCCAGCCUCGCAGACCCACUGGGUCGGAUUAACGGCCUUCACAUGAGCAUGCUGGGAUUUGUCUACCUGGUUCUCAUCCUCGGCUGGAUACUGAUCGUCUUGUUCCUGAAGUGCAAAAAGUCCUUGGCCGCUCCAUUUCGGUUUGGCGAAAACUACACCGAUGCCAUCGCCGAUACGGAACGUCGACCAUCUGUGCACGUUAUCCAGUUGCAGCACGAUGAUGUGGAACGCGAGGAUCACUACAUGAACAAUUUUCACCAGAACACGGAGAAUCUGCAGCGCUACUCGCAUCGCUCGCAACGGUCUACGCUGGAGGAGCGCACCAUCGAGCGGACGUAUCCCACGGAUGCGGUGAUAAAUCCUGCCUACAUGCACGACGAGGACUACGUGAUCAAUGCACCUCCGCCGUCCUACGAGGAGGUAAUGCGCCAGCCGCAGGUGUAUCCACAGGUGCGCCACAACAACCACAAGAUCAGCGAUGCUGUUAUAUAGCCUUAGGUAACCCG